CAGGGGUAGUCUCCACUACAUCAAAGCCGCGUGACCGCGUCCAUGUACAACAGCGUGCACCCGACACACCGUCUCGUCCCCGUUCCCCACCCCGGCCGACGGCUCCUCCUCCUCAUUCCCCGCACGCUCCUCUAGGCAUCUCCGGCGCCGCCGGUCUCCGCAGGGGAGGAAGCCCGCGCCCCGGCCCCGAUCCAAUGGCCAACAGCAACCUACCGCGGCGGAUCAUCAAGGAGACGCAGCGGCUGCUCAGCGAGCCAGCUCCGGGGAUCAGCGCGUCGCCAUCGGAGGAGAACAUGCGCUACUUCAACGUCAUGGUCCUUGGGCCAGCGCAGUCGCCUUAUGAAGGUGGAGUUUUUAAGCUUGAGCUCUUUUUACCUGAGGAAUAUCCAAUGGCUGCCCCAAAGGUUAGGUUUCUGACCAAAAUAUACCAUCCUAACAUUGACAAGCUUGGUAGGAUAUGCCUUGACAUUCUGAAGGACAAAUGGAGCCCGGCUCUUCAGAUUCGAACAGUUCUUUUGAGUAUCCAGGCGCUCUUGAGUGCACCAAAUCCAGAUGACCCUCUCUCCGAUAAUGUCGCAAAACACUGGAAAGCCAAUGAGGCAGAAGCUGUUGAAACAGCUAAGGAAUGGACUCGCCUGUAUGCCAGUGGUGCAUGACAACCCAAUGCGAUUCUUGAUGUAAUAACCCAUCAUACUUCGGUCGUAAUCUAUUGCCAUUUGCUUGAUAAGAACAGACUGGAGAUAUUUGCAAUGGAAGAAAGUCUCUGAAUGACCACCACUCGAAUUAUUUGGUUGUACACUAUUGUGGUCGGUUCCCUUUACCUUUGGGCACCUUUGACUAAUCUGUAUCUGUAGUAGAACUUGCUGCUACUCCAAUAUAUUUAUUACUUUACGCAGGAGAACUUCUCAUUUGUCAA